UUCCCUUUCUCAAUUAUUAAAAAACUAAAAAUUAUAAAAACAGAAGUAAAAUUUGAAAAAACAAAAUUGGUCCCCUGUCUGCUUUUGGUCACUGGACCUCUCUUUCUUUCUACUCACCGACACUUUCUUCUCACUUCUCUCUUCACCUCUUCCUUCUUCUCCGAUCAUAUCAGUUUUAUCUUAAUUUAAAAAUAAAACCAGUCUCCUUUCUUUUCCUUUGAAGAAGAUAAGAGAAGAAGAUCAGCAUUUACCUAAAAAAAUCCAGGUUUUAAUUUUCUUUGCACAAAGGAAACAAAAAAAAAAUGGCAGUGGAGAAAAACAACAAAGUGGAUAAUGUGAAUGUGAAGCAGAGAAAUAUUGUAUUGGUUGGAAUUAAAAUUGAUGAGAGUGGCAAAGAGAUCUUGAAAUGGGCACUUGAAGCAGUUGCAGGAAAACAUGGAGAGUGUGAUGUUGUUGUUAUUCAUGUUUGUUCAACUUUUCUGCCUUGAAAAGCAAGUCAGCGUUGGAUCGGUACUUAGAACUUUACAGUGAAUUCUGUUCAACAAAGAAGGUAGCUUUACAUCAUUUUCCAUGUUUAUUUCGCUACACAAUUUUGAGAAAUGGGUGACAGAGAGUAUAUGGGGUUUUGAGAACAGAUUGAGCUCAAAGGAGAUGUUUUGAAGGGAAACUCAGUUCAAGGGGUUUUAGUUAAAGAGGCAAAUAGAUACAACGCUAUGUCCAUUAUUGUUGGAGUUAAACAUCAAAGAAAACUAAGCCUAAAAGUAGCUAAAGGCUGCUCAAAAGAGCUUCCUCCAACAACUGAUGUUUUGGCCAUCCACAGAGGAGAUAUAAUAUUUAGACGUUCCAACCAUUCCCAGCCACCUCUUGCUCAAAACAUAAGUUCAAGACCAAGUUCUGAACUUUUUGAUGGACUUUCAGAAAAAGAACUCAAACUGAAAUCCGGAGAAUCGAUGGUUAAAAACAGAGAGCUGCAGAGAACAAGCCAAGAGAAGAGGAGGGUUUCUGGUAGAUCACUUUCUCUUCCAUCAGUAGAGGUAGUAGACCAGAAACCAGGUUGGCCAUUGCUAAGAACAACCACUUUAGCUCCUCCAGUGGUUCAACAUCAGACUCGGAAAAUAUCAGUUGUCAAUUGGGUCAUGAGCUUGCCUGAACGGUUUCCACAUCAUCCCAAUCACACUUCUCAACCGAGCUUCUGUGAUUCACAACUUAAAGACAUACUAAAGGAAAUAAAUAGAUGGUUUAGCUAUGAUGUUCUUAAGACAGCAACAUCAGGUUUCUCUUCAGAGAAUCUAAUUGGAAAAGGAGGAAGUAACGAAGUCUACAAAGGGGUUCUUGAAGAUGGGAAAGCAGUGGCGGUGAAGAUCUUGAAAUCAUCUGGAAAAGAAGCAGUGAAGGAUUUUGUUCAAGAAGUUAGCAUAAUCUCUUCUUUGAGUCACCAAAACAUCUCUCCUUUAAUCGGUGUGUGCGUCCAAUAUGAUGAACUUAUCUCUGUUUACAAUCUCUCAUCCAGAGGAAGUUUGGAGGAGACCCUUCAGGGUAAGCAUGUAUUGGCAUGGGAAGAGAGAUUCAAGAUAGCAAUUGGGUUAGGGGAAGCUCUUGAUUAUCUUCACAACCAAUGUUCUAAUCCUGUCAUCCACAGAGAUGUCAAGUCUUCUAAUGUUCUUCUCUCAGAUGAGUUAGAACCUCAGCUUUCGGAUUUCGGACUCUCGAUGUGGGGAUCCAAGUCUUGUCUAUACACAAUACAAAGAGACGUGGUGGGCACGUUUGGAUACCUAGCUCCUGAAUACUUCAUGUACGGAAAGGUGAGUGACAAAGUUGAUGUUUAUGCCUUUGGAGUAGUUUUGCUUGAACUCAUAUCAGGAAGAACUACUAUUUCUUCUGAUAGCCCAAGAGGACAGGAGAGUUUGGUCAUGUGGGCAAAGCCAAUUAUAGAAAAAGGUGCUGCAAAAGAGCUCUUGGAUCCGAACAUUUCAGGGACUUUUGUUGAGGAUCAGUUUCAGAAAAUGGUUCUUGCUGCUAAACAUUGUCUUACAAGAGCCGCUACUCAUCGUCCCAAUAUCAGAGAGAUACUCAAGCUGCUAAACGGGGAAGAUGAAGUAGAGAAGUGGGUGAAGAAACUAGUAGAAGAUGAUGACUGUUUCGACGAUGAGGUUUACCCAAAUUCGAACAAAGAAUUACACUUGAGUCUUGCGAUGCUCGACAUCGAGGAUAAUGACUCUAUUUCAGUUGGCAGCUUGGAGAGAAGUAACAAUAGCCUAUUUUCUUCUUCUCCAUCUCAGGAGCUUCAGCCUUGAUUAGGGUUUUCUUAAUGUUUCGAGUUUGCUUGAGGGUUACGGCAUCGCUCAGGAUGUCUGCAAUCAAAUCAAGCUUGAUGUCACUACUCUGACUUUGGCUUUUGCAACCAUUGCCGGAAAAGUGUUUUUUUUUUUCUUACAUAGAUGAGAGGAAGAGAAUAAGACUUCCAAAAUAAUGAUUAAAGUGUUUUUGAUAAAUAAAUAAAAAGAUUAAAGUGUUCAUUGCACAAGCCAUUCUCAAGCUUCUCUUGCAGGUCACAUUGUAUUCUAUCAAUCCAGUUUAAUCUCUUCUUGUUUUUUCUCUUAUGUAAUUGCAUUUCCUUGUUGAAUUCAACG